AUGGAUCCUGAGGAAGUGAAAGUUGUUGGUGUAUGUAAUGCAUCGGUUAUUUUUGGCAUUGGCAAGCAAAAAUAUCGCACAGAGGCAGUGCGAGAUAACGAUCCCACUUGGAAUGAGGAAACUACAAUAAAAGUUUCCAAACCAGCUGCAUUGAUAUUCACAGUGAUGGAUCGAGAAGACUCCCUUGGCACAGUCAGUUUGCCGCUUGCACAAAUCCCCUCCGUGGCUCAUCGUCGCCGAUGGAUUCCGUUGACGAGAAAAAAUUCCCAAGCUAUGGGCGACUUGUGCAUCGAUUGUUGGGUUCUUUCCUUCAAGAAGGCAGGGGAGGGAAGUAAAUGGAAUUCCAUAAUACCUUUAAAGGGUCGCAAAGGAGGAGGCGGGCGAGAUCGCUCCAAACGAAGAGCCUCGAUUGAAGCUGCUUCUAUUUCUAAGAAUGGAUCAAGGUCGAUCGAAAAUUUAUACUCCAAGCCUGAGCUUACAGUUGACCGUAAUUUGGACGAUACAAACCCCUUUAAGGCUACUGACUCUGGAUUGUCAAGUCCCAGUCUGUCUCGUAAUUCAUCGUCCAGUGCCACAAAUUUAGCGUCCCUUUCUUUGUUCAAACCGCGUCUCGCCCCCACCUUAGGUCAGGUGCUGUCCGCCAGUCGUGCUCCGGAGAUUACAGGACUCUCUCCAAAAUCUGGUCCUUCGUCUGGAGGCACACGGAUCACAGUGCGCGGUUGCAACCUGGGCACCUCAAAAGAAGAUAUAGCAUAUAUAACUGUCUGUGGUUGUGAUCUGUAUUCCACACUUGAAUACCACAGUCCAGCCAAGCUUGUGGUUGUAACGAAAGCUUGGAAUGGCUCCGGACCUGUUGUGUUGCAGACUAAGUCUGGUGGACGUGGUACAUCGACUCUCGAUUUUAAAUUUCAGGAUAAAGCUUCAGCGUCAAGCAAAGAUUCAAGCAAGAAAGACAAAGCCUCAAGAGCUGACCUUUUAACAGAAAUAACACACCUCAGAGAGGAAAUUAAUGAUUUGGCUGACGAGAAUCGUUCAAUGAAGAACUACAUAGAUAGACUAAUGACGAUUCUCAUGGAAAAGUUUCCAGAAGUACUAGAAAAUUUAGGUUCUUCUGUCCACUGA